GGGAAAUAGAGGUGUAAUGAUAAGGAAAGUGUUAGUCAAGUUUUGCGGUUGUUGUUUUGCCUAAUUAACAAGUUAUCGUGAUGAAAUACUCUGACACUGAAAACCAAUCUCUUCUGGACAGAGAAAUGUUUGCGAAAAUUCUUCUUGCUGUCUUUAUCGGGGUUUCUGUGUCAUCAUUGAUUCAGGGAUCAACCUUAAAGUGUUAUACAUGCAAUUCUGAGGAUGAUCCUGGAUGCUUUGAGAAUCCAGAAAGGCAGAGAAUUGAGGAUUGUGGAUUGGUAAUCGCUGAUUUAAGUUCAACACGUUUCCGUUGUAUGACAAUUAAAGGUAUCGAUGGUAAUGACAAAUUUGCCAUGAGACGAUGCUCAACGAAUGACGAAUGCAAGUUUCAUUUGAGAUCUGACAAUUCCUAUGAAUGGGGCACAAAAAUCUAUCCUGAUGCCACUUGUGAGGAAUGCGCCAGUGAUUUGUGCAACAAGAAUUAAAUUUAUUUGCAAUAUUUGCUUAAAAGUUUCUCAGUGAAUAAAUCAAUCCAUUAGAAAUUUCUAAAUGGCAGGUGUGAAAAAUCUAUAUUGAAUGCUAGAUACUUGGAGAGUUUACUAAAAUGUAAUUUUAUGAUUUUUUUUUAUCUUGGCAUAAAAUAAAUUUUAAUAAACAAAUAAAAAUCAACUAAA